GACCACGGUGGUGUCGCGUCAAAGUUUAGUAAGUUUAAGUGUUUCAUCAAGAAGGGGAGCACCGCCAGACAUGACGGCCGAGGAGCGUGGCGUUCCGGCGAGGGGGAGCCGGAGGAUGACGUGGGAGGAAAGGGACUUCGAGUUCCCGGAGCAGCCGGUGGCGAGCCUGUCGGACAUCGACGAGUUCCUCGAGGAGGAGGGCGGCGGCGGUGGGGGCAGCGAGAGGCCGAGGGGGAGCUUCAGCUCCGAGGAGGGUGGUCGGGAGACGGAGGUUUUGGAAGGCGAUGAACAGGCAGAGGACUACUACAAUAAUGCGGAGGAGAGCAGGAAGUUCUGGGAGAGCCAGCACCAGCUCUUGCAGGGCAUGUUGUGUCGGAGCACGUCGACGGAGACGAGGAUAAGGAAUGCGACGAAGGCGGCUCUGAAGGAGGUGCAGGCGGCGGCGAUCCCUUGCGGCUGCCGUCCAUCCACAGCUGCCGCUGACUGCCGGAGCUGCUUGAUGAGAGAGGUCUGCGUUCGCCUCCAGAGCGCGGGGUUCGACGCCGCCGUCUGCAGGUCCAAGUGGAGGAGCUCCUCUUACAUGCCGGCGGGAGAGCACACGUUCCUGGACGUGGCGGACGACUCGGCCAGCCCCAAGAAGGGAGAAGUCCGGGUCAUCGUCGAGCUCAACUUCAGGGCCGAGUUCGUGAUCGCGAGGGCGUGCGGCGACUACGACCUCCUCGUGCAGCGGCUGCCGGAGGUCUUCGUCGGGAAAGUCGAGCGACUCCAGGGGGUGAUCAAGAUCUUGUGCGCGGCGGCCAAGAAGUGCAUGAAGGAGAGGAAGAUGCACAUGGGGCCGUGGCGGAAGCACCGCUACAUGCAAGCCAAGUGGCUCGGCACGUGUGAGAGGACGGCGCCGCUCGCGCAGGCGGGGCCGCCGGCAAUCGGGUUGCUCUCCGAUGGGCGGCGGAAGCCGAGGGCGUCGAUGCUGACGCUGGAUUUGCACGAGAAGUUGCCAGACGCGCAUCGCACGGCCGUGGAAGUCGUGUGAAAUACGUAGCUAAUCAAGUCAAGACGUUUUUGCUCUUGUUUUGUUUGCUAAAUAGAGUGAUAGUUAACUUUCGUGUACUGAAUCCGGCUCGCAAUACAAAUAAAAGAAAUAGUUGAGAAUGUUCUAGCACAUUACUUAA